AUCUACGAGCGCGUGCGCAUCGUCUGAAAAUACUCCUGAAUGGUGGACAUGGUCAUGGAGGAGGGCAAACUGCUCAGCGAGGCUCUUAGCACUGUCAAAAUACAGGUCCAGCAGAUGAAGAGACAUCUGGAACUGGAUCAGCUCAUGGAUGCGCUUAAGAGUGCCAGUCUAAUGCUGGCAGAGCUGCGGACGUCCUCAUUGUCGCCGAAGCAAUAUUAUGAACUCUAUAUGGCUGUGUUUGAUGCUCUCCGUCACCUCUCGAAUUAUCUGUAUGACGCACACACCCAGUCACGGCACCAUCUCGCCGACCUGUACGAGCUUGUACAAUAUGCCGGCAACAUUGUACCACGCCUGUAUCUCAUGAUCACCGUCGGCUCAGUCUACAUGUCUGUCCCCGACGCCCCAGUCAAGGAAAUUAUGAAGGACAUGAUGGAGAUGUCUCGGGGUGUGCUGCAUCCCAUCCGUGGUCUCUUCCUGCGCCACUACUUGAGCGGGCAAACAAGGGAUCAUUUACCAAUAGGACUAGACUCUGGGCCCACUGGAAAUCUAGAGGACUCCAUCAGCUUCGUCCUCACUAACUUCAUUGAAAUGAACAAGCUCUGGGUCCGCCUACAACACCAAGGUCACUCGCGCGAUCGGGAAAAGCGCGAGAUGGAGCGCCGGGAACUUCGAAUUCUGGUCGGCACCAACCUUGUCCGACUGAGCCAGCUUGACGGUGUCGAUUUGGAUCUGUAUCAACGGACAAUACUCCCUGCGGUUCUGGAGCAAGUGGUCCAGUGUAAGGACGUGAUUGCACAAGAAUAUUUGAUGGAAGUGGUCAUCCAGGUGUUUACCGACGACUUUCACCUGCACACACUGGGGCCGUUCCUAUCUGCAACUGCUCAAUUACAACCCAAAGUCAACAUCAAGCAGAUUGUCAUCGCCCUUAUUGAUCGCCUCGCUGCGUAUGCCGCUCGUGAAGCCGAAAAUGAGGAUCCAGAGGAGACUAAACGCCAGGAGGAGGCAGCGGCUCGACGUCUCGCUGAGAGGGUGAAAGUUCAAAGGGCGCGCACAAGAGAGAACGGAAACCCUACCAGCCCGGUGGGCGAACUCACUACGGAGGCUGAUGCCUGGAGGUCUCCUACCAGUCCUGCGACACCUGUCGUUGUGCAAUCCACGAACGGCACAAACGGAACAGAUGACGCGGUAGAGGUAAAUGACUCGGAGAAAGCAGAUAAAGGCAAGGAGAAGGAGACCAUCGUCCAAGUCCGGAAGUUCAGAGGCGUGCCAGAGGACGUGAAGCUGUUUGAGGUGUUCUGGGAACAGGUAGUUCAGUUAAUCAAGGCUCGACCAGACUUGUCAAUCCAGGAUGUUACCGCGCUCCUUGUGUCACUCACCAACCUUUCCCUUAGCUGUUAUCCUGACCGUCUGGAGUAUGUUGACCAAGUCCUUGGAUUCGCUCGAGAUAAGAUUAAGGAGUUCGAGGAUAGCCCAGACCUUCACAGCCAACAGACGACAACCAACCUAGCUGCUCUUCUCGUUGCCCCCAUCAAUUCCUACCAGUCCGUUCUCACAUUGCUUGCGCUCACUCACUAUGUUCCCCUCCUCAACCUCCAAACCUUCUCCACUCGACGUACCCUCGCUCACUCAAUCGUGUCUUCGGUGCUCAAGAAUGAAACCGUCAUCGAGGCACCAGAGGACGUGAACGGUAUUCUCGAGCUGUGCCAUGUACUGAUCAAAGAACAACAAGACGCUGGCGUCGGGAUCGGCAGCACCGGGCCUGCAGUUGUAAAGGAUCAGCGAAGGCAUGGGCCAUACGGUGCUGAGAGAGAGGACUUGGCAGAGGAGCAAGGUUGGCUUGCACGGAUGGUGCAUCUGUUCAGAGCAGAGUCACUAAGCACACAGUUUGAACUCCUACAAACUGCGCGGAGACACUUCGAAGCGGGCGGCGAGCGCAUGCGCUUCACUUUCCCUGCUCUCAUCACCUCAUCAAUCAAACUUUGCCGUCGAUACAAGAUCCGUGAACAUCUCGAGGAGGACUGGGAGGCAAAAGUGUCAACGAUCCUGAAGUUCAUCCGCCAGCUCAUCAGCAUCCUUGCGAACCAAGUCGAAGCGCCGUCGAUCGCGCUGCGGCUGUUCCUUCUGGCGGCCCAGAUCGCAGACGAGUGUGAGUUCGAGGACUUGACGUACGAUCUGUACGUGGAGGCGUUCACCGUGUACGAGGAGAGCAUAUCCGAGUCGCGCGCGCAGCUGCAGGCGAUCGCGCUUAUCAUCGGCACGCUGCAGGGCGCUAAGGUGUUCGGUGUCGACAACUACGACACGCUCAUCACCAAGGCAGCGCUCCACGGCGCAAAGCUUUUAAAGAAGCCGCAUCAAGCGUCCGCGGUACAUCUUGCGAGCCACAUGUGGUGGCAGGAAGUCCAGCUCGUGGUGGAGGGAGCGGAGAAGGAAGAGCCGGAAAAGUCGCCCGUGCCGAAGGAGGAGGGCCCAGAGAACGCGAAAUCCUAUCCUCUUCAAGACAGCAAACGCGUGCUGGAAUGCUUACAGAAGUCGCUCCGGAUCGCAAACUCCGCUACUGAGGAGAUUGUCACGAUCCAGUUGUAUGUCGAUACCUUGGAUCAAUACCUGUUCUACCUCGACCGAAAUGCGCCAGCUGUGACGCCCAAAUUUGUCAACUCCCUUGUCGAGCUGAUCACAGCGAGCAUCGACAGCAUCUCAUCGCCAGACGUGCAUCCCUCACAGCGCGCACCGCCGGGGCUGCUUGAGGGCGUGCAGACGCCAGAGAUGAUCACGCGCCACUUCCGCAACACGCUCGCGUACAUCCAGCGGAAGAAAGCGACCGCAGACGCCGAGGACGGAAACAAGCGGUGGGACGACGUCGACAUCGUUGGUGCGCUACUGAAGAUGGGUCUCGGCGCGCGGUGAUGAGCUAUGCAACAACCCAAAUUUUCUGAGAGGGCUUCUCGCUGUUCCUGGCUGUUCCUGGAGGAGCGCGCAGUGUCGGAUACCCCAAUACCGUUCUCCUUGUCUUUGUAUUCUGUUUUGAGAUCUGCGUGUACAUCCAGCUUAGGUUUAUUCUAUUUACUUGCCGCUUCCUCACGGCGCCGUUUCAUUUG